UGUUCUGUUCGAGUUUAUUUUAGUUCUACUCAGGUCUCAGACAUGUCAUUUUCCGUAGCCAUCUCCCAGAUUUCGGGGUCGACGAUGGACAUUCAGUUUUCAAUCACCAACAUGAAUACGAGUGAUAUUCAGGAGCAGAGUGAUGAACAGCUGCUGAGGGAUCAGCUUGUUGAGAUUGAACGCAUGUAUUCGGACUACAACAAAUUAAAAGCUGCAACAGUUACGAGUUUACGGUCGUAUAGUUGGUUCCUGUUGAUAAGAAUACCGUGGCGUUGGAGAUGCUGGACGAACCACCUUCUGCCGUUGGGGGCGUCGCUUAUCAACACCCCGAAUGGAACGGGGGUCCAGCCUCCGAUCGCCCCGGUAGUAGCACCUUCCGAUGAGCCGCAAGAGCCCGGUGUUGACGCUCAGGACAAAGUAUAA